AUAUUUUCCAGGUUGAGAACAUCAGUACUCUCGUGUGGUCAGUAGAGACACUACAGGAUUACAGUGCUAGAAUUAGUCAGUUUCUGGAAUUGAUAAAGGCAGGAGCUGUCUUCAGUUACAAUACAUUCGAAAACGAAGAUAGUAAAAAUGGCUGAGCCAAUAAAUGUUGUGGUCACUGGUGCAGCUGGACAGAUUGCCUAUUCUCUCCUUUAUCAAUUGGCUGCUGGUUCAGUCUUUGGCCCUGAGCAAAAGAUCAACCUACGUUUGUUGGAUAUUCCACCGAUGAUGGAAGUCCUGCAAGGAGUUGUUAUGGAAUUGGAAGACUUGGCACUUCCUCUUCUCGGAGAUGUGCUCCCGACGGCUGACCCGGCUGCUGCCUUCAAGGAUGCCGCCGCAGCCUUCCUGGUCGGCGCGAUGCCCCGCAAACAGGGAAUGGAGAGGAAGGACCUCCUCUCGGCCAAUGUGAAAAUAUUCAAAGUUCAGGGAGAGGCCUUGGACAAAUAUGCCCGGAAGGACGUCAAGGUUCUUGUUGUAGGAAACCCAGCAAACACAAAUGCUCUCAUUUGCUCGCAUUAUGCACCCUCCAUACCCAAAGAGAAUUUUACGGCAAUGACAAGACUCGACCAAAAUCGUGCUCAAGCAGCUCUGGCGGCUCGCAUUGGCGUUCAGGUCGAUAAGGUGCAGAACGUUAUUAUCUGGGGUAAUCAUAGUUCAACCCAGUAUCCUGAUGCAUCACACGCUGUCGUUGAUUUAUCCGGGGGUGUCAAAGCAGUUCCUGCUGUUGUCAAUGACGACGCGUGGCUCAAUGCACAAUUCGUUGAGAUGAUCCAGAAGCGCGGUGCUGCGGUGAUCGCGGCCAGGAAAAUGUCAUCGGCUAUGUCGGCUGCUAAGGCUGCUGGAGACCACAUGAGAGAUUGGUGGAUCGGAACCAAACCUGGUAAAUGGGUCAGCAUGGGCGUUGUGUCCGAUGGCAGCUACGGAAUUCCUAAAGACGUUGUAUUUUCCUUUCCCGUUACCAUAACCGAUCAGAAAUUCAAAAUCGUACAGGGUUUACCUAUCAGCGAUUUCGCUAGAUCCAAGCUAGAUGUUACUGCAAAAGAGUUGGAAGAAGAACGUGCUGAAGCAAAUUCGGUUCUUCAGCAAUGACUGAGUGACAUGAAAGUGUCUUGUGCGGCUGUGAGACGGUCGUCCACAUCAUCAAAAUUAUAACAAAAAAAAAUAUAUAUAUAUACAUACACACAUACACAUAUAAGCAUAAUACUUAUAAGUCAAUCGUGUAUAGUCCGCGAGGGAAAAAUUAGUGUUUAUUACGUGGCAUCUGUUGUCGCUUUGUUACGAAAUUCUAAUAAAUAUGAAAAAAAUGCUUUC